CCCCACCCCAGACAAGUCCCCAAUUCUCGUCGGUCCUCGCCGCGGGCAGCGGGCGGUGGAGGCAGCGCGCCGCGGUCGCCGGGAGCCGGGAGCCCCGGGCGCCCGCUCCUCGGCGCAGCAUGUUCCAGCCGGCGCCCAAGCGCUGCUUCACCAUCGAGUCGCUGGUGGCCAAGGAGAGUCCCCUGCCCGCCUCGCGCUCUGAGGACCCCAUCCGUCCCGCGGCGCUCAGCUACGCCAACUCCAGCCCCAUAAACCCGUUUCUCAACGGCUUCCACUCGGCCGCCGCGGCCGCUGCCGCCGGCAGGGGCGUCUACUCCAACCCGGACUUGGUGUUCGCCGAGGCGGUCUCGCACCCGCCCAACCCCGCCGUGCCAGUGCACCCAGUGCCGCCGCCGCACGCCCUGGCCGCCCACCCCUUGCCUUCCUCGCAUUCGCCACACCCCCUGUUCGCCUCUCAGCAGCGGGACCCGUCCACCUUCUACCCCUGGCUCAUCCACCGCUACCGAUAUCUGGGCCACCGCUUCCAAGGGAACGACACAAGCCCCGAGAGCUUCCUUUUGCACAACGCGCUGGCCAGAAAGCCGAAGCGGAUCCGAACCGCCUUUUCCCCGUCCCAGCUUCUGAGGCUGGAACACGCUUUCGAGAAGAACCACUACGUGGUGGGCGCUGAGAGGAAGCAGCUGGCGCACAGCCUCAGUCUCACGGAAACUCAGGUAAAAGUAUGGUUUCAGAACCGAAGAACGAAGUUCAAAAGACAGAAGCUGGAGGAAGAAGGCUCAGAUUCGCAACAAAAGAAAAAAGGGACGCACCAUAUUAACCGGUGGAGAAUUGCCACCAAGCAGGCGAGUCCCGAGGAAAUAGAUGUGACCUCAGACGAUUAAAAACACAAACCAAUCCCCACAGAAAUGGACAACCCGGAGCAAACAGAGAGGGAGAGGAGGGGAAGAAGAAAAAAAACCCUACAAAACAAAAACAAACCGCACACACGCAUUCACCAAGAAGGGGCGAGGGAGUCAGAGAGAGCAGCGGCACCGCGCAGACUUUGGGCAACUAGGGCGCAGGGUCCUGAUCCGAGGCUGCACGGACGUGGCAGAGGACGGAGUCUCCCUGAUCAAAAUGCAACCCUUGUCUAAAGAGGCAGCUGAGUGAGUGAGUGAGGCAGAGAGAGAGGGAGAAAGAGAAAGGGAGAGAGAGAGAGAUCCAAAUGUGGCAAAGCGGAAGGCGUUCUGACAAGAAAGCUGUCGGGCAAACGCCGAACUGGCUAGACAAGAUGAUUGGCAGGUAUUCCGUUUAUCACAGUCCAAUUAAAGAAAAUAAUGAUAAAAGAAAAAAACCAACCAGGCACAGGACUUUUUAUUUUGCACUUCGCAGAGUAUUUUCUCCCCCAAUUAAAAAAAUAAUUAGUAAUAAUAACAAUCGAAAUUCCAUAUCCAGCCCCAUCCCACACCUGUUCAAAAACUUGAAUUGCAUGUAGCAGUUGUUGGGUGAAUGGUGUCUAAAGACAGAAAAUGAAUUGUGAUUUUCUUUUCCUUUUAAUGACAGGUUCUGUGUACCUUUUAUUUUGAUUCUUUUUGAGAAAUGUGCAGUCUGUAAACACUUUCUGAUACCUUCUGACGUCAAAGUAAUUGUGAAAGCUAAAUGAGGUAGGCUCAGCGAUAGUGGUCCUACAAAGAAACAGGGAGCAGGAUGGGGGGCUGGGGGGUGGCAGGGGAGGGCACCCACAGAGGAGUCAGGACUUAUGCUGGGGAAAAAAAAACCCUUAAUUGAUUAUCAUUCUUGGAUAUUCCCUUUCCUAACAUCCUGAGGCUUAAAACCACAAAGCAAACUCCUUUAGUGGUUGAGUUAUUGGCUAAAUUCAACCAUUCAUUGUAAAGUCCAUUCCAAACUUUAAAUCUAUCCAUUGCAAAAACUGAAGGACUGUAGUUAGCGGGGAUGAUGUUAAGUGUGGCCAAGGACAUGGCAGCACGUUUUCAGGCACUGAGUUUCAAUUCCAAGAUCAUAGACUUACUAAAGAGAGUGACAAAUGCUUCCUUAAUGUCUUCUAUACCAGAAUGUAAAUAUUUUUGUGUUUUGUGUUAAUUUGUUAGAAUUCUAACACACUAUAUACUUCCAAGAAGUAUGUCAAUGUCAAUAUUUUGUCAAUAAAGAUUUAUCAAUAUG